AUGUACGAAGAGGCGGACACGAACAGCGACGGUUAUCUCGACGCAGAGGAGGUGAAGCGCUUCUUUGCCCGCAGGGCCAAGGCUGCUGGGCAGGGGGAGCUCCCGCCCAGCGACGAGCUCAUCGAGGACUGCAUUUCCAUGGUCGACAGAGAUGGCGACGGCCGCAUCGACCUUCACGAGUUCACCCGCCUGCUGGGAGAGUGCUUGCCGAACGCUCGCGUGGCCCGCGACAGGGAGUUCAGGACGGACGUCAGCGCUUGCAAGAUGCAGUGGGACUACGAGCGGGCCAGCCGCAUCUUUUCCAACGUGAUGGCCGCUGCCUGGCACCGCUCGGCGCUACGCUGGCUCUCAGCGGCCGCGGCCAUCACGCUGGGCGCGGCCGGCAUGGAGGCCGCGCUGCUCGUGAAUCCGGCGCACCCAGGCGCCGCCGAGUUCGUGGCGGUUUACGCCCUCGAGCAGCUGUUCCCGUCGCUUGUGUGGAUGACGAGCGACGCGCGGCUGGUGGCCGGCAGCCUGGGGCAUUGCGCCUCCGAGCUGCUGCUGAGCCACGACCCCGCCAGCGAGACUGGCGCCGCGGCGCUGCUGGCGGCGGGCCACUGCCAGGUGGUCCGCUGCAUGUCGGUGGGAUUCUGCAUGUUCGGGCAGCUGCUCCGCAUCGGAGGCGAGCGCCUCCGCGCACAGCGAGUUCGAGCGGCGCGUCCGCCGCGGCGAGGAGGCGCCCCUGUCCCCCGGCGCGCCAGAGCGUGUCGUGCGGUUGUGCGGGAGGUCGUCGGACAUCUCGGCGGCGAGCCCCGGUGGUAUCACAUCCUCCCUGUAAUGAACCCCGAGUCUAUGCGGGGCGUGGCCCGGCGGAUAAGCCACGAGUUCAGGUACCCGCUGUUCCUGAACGUGCCUGUCGCGAAGUGGGGACAGACGCGGUUUUGGGAGCCGCUGCUGAAGGGCCAUGUGACGCCAAGCUGGCUCUUGCAGGGGCACAACGGCGAGCGCGUCUUGUGCAUCGAGGUGGACGGCACGGACAAGGAGGAGGGCCUCGUGUUCGGGCGGCGCAGCCACCAGGUGGGCAUCAACGAGGCGGGCAUGGCCUUCCGCGCCAUCGCCUCCGUGGCCCUCGACAGCCUCGCCCAGAGCGGCCUGGACCGCGGCUCCCCCCAUCUUUGA